GUCGUGGCGUCUGUCGAUAAGUGCUGAUCUUGGGCCAAGAAUCGUGGCACGUACUCGCGACACCCUCGCUCGUUUCUUCGACAUUAGGCGCGCUACCAUGCAAAGGAUGUUGUCAAUUACGAGGGUAAAACACAUUGGCCAGAGUGACCGAACUUUACACACAGGAAAAGACAAGUCCGGACCUUCAAUUCAAGCUCCAGCGUCGCCCGUUUCUUUAGUCAGCUCGAUCUCGCCGCCAUCGCCAGUAGCGGCAUGGGGCUCCACUGAAUCGCCGCCCGCGCCACCUCCUUCCCCGGUUAUUCGAGCUGCCUCCCACUCUCCGUCAAGUAUCUGCCCAACACUGAAGAUCGACGACGCCGAACAGACGUCACCAAUGUCAUCACCUUCUUCGAGCCCAACUUCAUCCAGACGAUACACUGGGGGCCUCACCUAUCGCCUCAAGCAUUUAGUGUCAAAGGAGAAACGUCGAUUCUCCUCCGACGGCUUUGAUUUAGACUUGACGUACGUCACCCAGCGGCUCGUGGCAUUGGGGUAUCCGGCGGAAAAGAUCGAGGGUAUCUACCGGAACCACUAUCGCGACGUCUUUCGCUUCUUCGAACAGCGCCAUCCUGGACGGUACCGCGUGUAUAACCUCUGCGUGGAACGCCGGUACGCACCCGAUGAGAAAUUCCACGGACGGGUAGCUGAAUUCGGCUUCGAAGACCAUUGCCCACCCCCUCUGUCGCUGUUGCUCCCAUUCUGUCGAGACGUCCAUGUGUGGCUGACGACUGACCCUGAAAAUGUCGUGGCGGUGCACUGCAAGGCUGGCAAAGGCCGAACCGGAGUCAUGCUGUGUGCCUACAUGCUGUAUGCGCGGAAAUGGCGGUCUGCUCACGGAGCACUCGAGUACUUUGCUGCUGCACGCUCAAAGAAGCUGCAAGGCGUGACAAUUCUGAGCCAGCGGCGAUUCGUCCGCUAUUUCAGCGAGCUAUGUCGUCGCUCUGAAAGUGCCGAUGACCUGGUAGAGCUCGGACCCUACGAGGAGGAAGAAGCUCGCGAGCGAGCCAUGGCGUUGACCGACUACCAUGCACAAUGGCUGCAAGAGACUCAAACACUACCCGAGCCUUCUUCACCACGAAAAAUCAUUGGAUCUAAGCUAAGACCGCAUGCUGAGCCUAUGCUCCCAACUCGUGUCAACCUCGUGCUUGUCGCCGUCAUGCUGUGCGGCGUUACUGGCCACAAGAAAACGAGUUCUAGUGCUGCCGAGUGGCGAGUACGAGUCGAGUGCGGGGCUAUUCGCCCUCGUGCAGCUGUCUACGACCUGGUCGGAAGCUUCCAGCGUCAACGACGCCCCAGCACUGACGAUGGCAACAGCGAAGAGACCGUGGAAUUGGAAAUGCGGUGCAGCCCGGUGCUUGUUUGGGAUGAGGUCAAGGUGGAGCUCCGGCGGCGAACGGGUAGUGUCUUGGGACACUUUUGGUUCCACACCGCGUUUAUCUCUCAAGUGGAUGGUCAUUAUGAGCUGGCGCUGGCGAAGAGCGAGAUCGACAAGAUUGCAAAGGACGUCAAACACGGACACAAGCAGUUUGCUCCCGAGUUUGCAGUGCGUCUACGCUUCGAGCUGGCAGAGGAGCAAGGCAUGGCCAGAUUAGACGCAUAG